AUUGUCAUAGAGAUGAAGGCAAAAAAUAGGGAACAAAGCUUGUCAGAUUCGAGGGAACUGGACGGCUCCUAUGAUCAGCUCACGGGUAAUCCUCCUUCCAGCCAAAGCAAAAAAACCAUAAAACAGAGAUUCCUCAAACUGCUGCCCUGCUGCGGGCCCAGCGCCGCCCCCUCAGUCAGUCAAUGCAACAUUGAGGAUGACUUUGAGCUCUCCACUGUCUGCCAUCGGCCCGAGGGUCUGGACAAGCUGCAGGAGCAGACCAAGUUCACCAAGAAGGAACUGCAGGUCCUCUACCGAGGAUUCAAGAAUGAAUGCCCCAGUGGAGCGGUCAAUGAAGAAACCUUUAAGAUCAUCUACUCCCAGUUUUUCCCCCAGGGAGAUUCAAGUACAUACGCUCAUUUCCUGUUUGAAGCGUUUGACACUAACAAGAAUGGAUCUGUUAGUUUUGAGGACUUUGUCGCUGGGCUGUCCAUCAUCCUCAGAGGGUCCAUUAACGAUCGCCUGAACUGGGCUUUCAACCUCUACGAUCUCAACAAGGACGGCUGUAUCACCAAAGAGGAGAUGAUGGACAUCAUGAAGUCAAUCUAUGACAUGAUGGGGAAGUACACCUACCCCUGCAUGCAGGAAGACGCCCCCAGGGAACAUGUUGAAAACUUCUUCCAGAAAAUGGACCGUAACAAGGAUGGAGUGGUCACUAUCGAAGAGUUCAUCGAAUCAUGCCAAAAGGAUGAAAACAUCAUGCAGUCCAUGCAGCUCUUCGACAACGUCAUUUAGGAGGAAUUUCCACGGAGAAGGGCAUGGCCAAUGCGAGCCCUGCACACGUGUAGCCCGGACUCCUCACUGGCCCACAUGCCCGUCCCAUCCCUCCUAAACUCCACCCCACCCCACCCUGCCCCAUCAACCACCAGUGAGGGGCUUUAGUUCAGUUUCUUUCCAUACCCCAGAGACAUGGAGGUGAGGGAGAUGGGGAGGGGCCUGGUGAACUGGGAAAGAGGUUUUUUAUUUUGAUCCUCAUUUUAUUCUUGUUCUUGGAAGAGCUGUCAUAUUGGAUGGUCACCAGAGGGUGCCCCUAUCCUCCUUGAAUUGGGGGAGGGAUUCCAGCAUCUCAAGGACCACAGAAACAUUUGGAAAGGGAUCAACUGAAUGGCCCAGGAUGUAACAUGACAAAAUCACAGAUGGCAGUAAUAUUUCCAAUAGACUGAUUUUUAAACAGCAUGAUGUCACCACUAACCUACACUCUUAAGUAUUUAGCAAGAUGCUCCAAAGCCUGCCUGCUAUUCUGUCUGUCUGUCCACUGGUGCCUCACUCUUACCUUGUGUGUGUGUGUGCUUGUCUGUAUGUGUGGGUAUGUGUGCAUGUUGUUUUAGUGUGUCAGGCUUUCUUGCCAUCACUCUGAAGGCCAGAGUCCCUUUACCCCUACACUGGUACUCUGAUAGUGCACAUAACUCUUCAUUCCUAAAGGCUUUUCCUUUGCUGAGUCAUGUAUGAGCCAUGAACUCCAUGUCUGUUGAUGCUCUCUGGCCGCUGUCACUCUUGCCCAAACCUGUGGUCACAAUCUUGAUGAUUUCCUAUAUACCUGUGUGCUACAGAAUAAUGACAAUAACGAAUGCCAUGCUGAUGGUUACCAAUGGUGGCAUUAAUAGAAAUAGAAAUGUUCAAUAUAAUCCGUUAAAAGGUGAUGUGGGUGUCCAAGUCAUAACAUGGCCUAGUAUACUAAAACUACAGUUAGCUAUCUCCUUUAUACCUUCGUCUCCACUCUCCCACUUUCAUCUCUUGAAAGACUGCAGUACUUUGACAGUGUGUGUGAGUGUGGGGAGGGGGGUGUUUAAGGUAGCAUGUGUGGCAGGGAGGCAUGUAGUCAUUAGUAUUAGACACCAGCAAUGUCUGUCCCAUAACCUGUUCCCCCCACACCCUGUCACCUCUGUCCCCCUGUACCAGAGACACCAAAGACACUUCAGUCUGAGAGUGACAUCUGACUCCGCCAGCCAAUCAGGUCUCAGUGCUGACAGUCCCAAAAGUCACACAGGAUAGCAGAUUGAUGUGGCAUGGCUGAGGAAACAUAGUGAGAGUAGAGGAGUUACAGAUACAGUGAAAGAGAGAGAGGGAGAAAGACAGAGGAAAAAGGCAGACCUCACACAUUGCACAGACUUCAUCUCCACAUGACAUAGGAAGGAGCUGGCAUCUCCAGUCUGCCUGCGCUGUCAGGGAAAAGGACUCUGGUUCCUCUCCAAAUCUCAUACUGCAGUCCAGCAGAGCCAGGCCCUAUCCCUAAAGCAGCAGAAUAAGUAAAGUAAGAGUCUAUAUAAACUGAUGUGGUUUGUUAAUUAGGGUUAAUAAAGACUGUUACCUCAUACAGGCAUAUACUUGUAAUGCACAGUCAAAAAAGUGAAAAACCUACCAAACUUCUUCAAGAUUUUCACAGGGUGGGUUAGGGGUGGAUUUAUACCAAUAUAAUGGCCUACACAGAUGUUUGGUCAAAAUCAAGGUUUUACAGUUACCGAAAUGAUUGGAAAGGGAGUGUUGAGGUGUUCUCCCACAUUUAGUUCUAAAGCAGAGGACCAAAGAGUUUAUUUCCAUAAAAUGUGGGCCCUCAAAGAGUACCACCAUUUUUUAUUUACACAAAAAUGUUUUGCAUGUUCCAGUAACAGUAUGUUUCUUUCAUGUGUCUGUCUGCAUAACCCA